AUGCAAUCUCUGAGGCGACGUUUAAGCCAGAGAUGGCAAAGAACGGAGAACGAAGUUCGUGUCGCCGAUUCCUCUAUAACAACAGGUUAUGAUGAAGAAAGUUCCCAAGCUAAUCAAGCUACUGCACUUUUGAUACCACAAGCAGAAAGUCGAAGAGUGGAAGAGUAUGGUUCGGAAGAACUACAUUUUAUUGUAGAUUAUGUUGGCUCAGCACAAAUAUCAGAAGCAAAGUCGAUAACAAGAAUGAUGGAGACUUUGAAGCGGAUUAAAAAGCUGCAAGUUCGGAGCAUACGAGUCAAUUUCACAAUUCGCGAUGGCAUUCUUCUAGUUUCUAGCUGUGAGUCGAACUCAUUAAUCCUUACAGCGCCGCUUUAUGCUAUUGCCUUGUGUGCACAGGAACAACUUCGAGGCUUCGAUAGCUGUUUUGGGCUAAAUAUCACCCGAAAGAAGACCCACAUGUGUCAUGUAUUCGAAGCUGGGUCUAAACUCGAGGUAAGGAAACGCCGUCAAUAUUCAAGUUGUUUACAUCACAGGCUAAGAGUGCUCUGUUUUGAUUUCCCUCUGGGGCAGGUAUUCGUUUGCGAUGUUUUGAUAUUUUGAUACGUUUUUAAGCCUUUGUUACGAGAGAAACCGCUUUAAAGGUGAUAACAGCUGUGCCAUGUACUUCGUUUCAAGAAGCUGAAUUCUCAAAACAUUUUAGUGUGUUUGACGCAGUCGCGCGUGUUCUUUGGCUAAAAACCAAACGAAUUUUUACUCUGUUAAGUACAUCACCGAAAUCUCCAGUGAUUCUGGUUUUGAUAUUAGAUUAUAAUAUGGCCUGAAGGCUUGAAAUGAAUUGAGCGGGACGAAAACAAGCGUUGUUUUUGUCAUAGAUCGACCUUUGUCACGCCACCAAUUUCACGUUGUUUUGCACAUUUCCUAUUUUCUCGUAAACACUUGGCCCAGCAGUACAAAGGGCUUGCGCAGUGGUUUUUCCAUUGUUAGCUUAAUAAAGACGAAAUAUGUCUCCUCAUUCUCAAAAGAUAGAUUACUCGUCGAUCGUAAAAUUUUAUUAAAUGGUAAUAUUUAUUUUGCAUAAAUACAUUCAGUGAUUAAAAUCUGUAUCCCGGAAACUUCUUCACGAAGUUCUGUGGUCCAGUCUGUCAUUUUUAGUGAUAGACGUGGAAGUUCUCUCACGCAAAAAUUCGAUCAUUCUUAGCUUGGUUACAAACUACAGGUUAAGGUUUCAACUUUCAGGUGUAGACCAACUUUAUUGCGUAAAACUGAAUUCUGAUAAAAUUAACAAUCGCGUUUCGAGUUCAACACAAUAAAUAUAUUCCUUUAAUUAAGAUAUCUAAACAUCACCAAAAUACAUAAGCAAAGUGUCAAGAACUGUGGGUGGCUUGCACAGAAACUGGGUGAUUAAAAGGAGGGGGGUGUUGGGAUUUUCAGUUUCACGGUUUUGGCCAUUUUUUCGGUUGUUUGUGUUUUGGUUUUGCACAAAUAAAUUUCUUUUUUUGGUUUUGAUAGCCACUGGGGUUUGCAGUUUUCGCAUUUUUAGUAUCUAGAUUUCGGGUUUUGACGAAAAUACAAGCGGUUUUUGAAUUUGGUGUCUGAAAUUUUCGGUUUUUCCAAUGUGGUUUCCAGUUUCUUAGUCCACUCCAAAAAAGUGAAUGUCAGGUCUCUUAAAUUGGUGCAACUAUGAAAGAGACUACGUUAAAAACUUGCCUCACACUGUGGGAGGGCAUAUUAUCACACCAGUCAAAAGUCCAGGUACCUAAAACCUAAUGCUGUAUGUUCCUUGAAAAAGUACCAAUGAUAGCAAUUCUUCCUGCGGUCAACCUUUGUGUAAAAUGUUUGCGAAUUACAGUGGAACCUCUCUUCAGGGGACACCCUCUGUCCCGUAAAAGAAGGUUCGGCUGGGGUUUGUUAAUAAUUUACCAUCAAAUAACAUUAUUAUAAGAGCCGAAAAAGGCCUCUGUUCUCCGGGCUACGGUAUCUGCUGCAAUCAUUAUUUGAAGCAGCUAGAUAAUUUAUAACAAAAAUAGUGAUUAACUUAUCUCAGCGAUGUUGUGUGUUGAAUUCCCACAAACGCAGUUUUCUGUAAAUCGAUUGAAGUGAGUUAAUCCAUGUUUUCAAAGCUGUCGCCAUUGUGACUAGUGAGCACUUAAACUUAUCAACGAUUUUUGUGGUCAGUCACUUGUGACAUACUUUUGAUCGCUAAGGUGUUCCCUGAAUGAAGAUUAAACCCCGGGUUUGGGGACCCAGAAAAAGUGUCCCUUUCCCCUGAAUAGAGGUGUCCCUUCAAUAGAGGUAACAGAUACAAAAAUUAUGUGAACAUUUUUUCACGGCCAAAUCUAGUGUCCCCUGAAUGGAGGUGUCUCUUGAAUAGAGGAGUCCUGAAGGAGAGGUACCACUGUAUUUCAUUAACUGGGUCUCAGCAUAAGGUGCCGCAGUAAGGCAAAGAACACAGGGAUACCCAACGACUGAAUGUUUCCAGAUUCGUCAAAAGUGUCUCAAAUAGUUUUCUCUAGGCUUUAGAAGUCUGUUUGGUUGAUUUGGAGCUGCCCUAAAAACAGACUAUUUAUCUAUUAAUUUGCAUGUUGUAGGAAAAGUUUAGUUUUUGGUGGCUUUUUUGUCUCAUCCAAAAUUGUUAGCUAGCCUGAUGUGUCGGUUGGUUGAAACUUUGAGGGAAUGGAGUAGCUGUACUUUUAUUAGAAAAUUCUAGGGGACAUUUUGUCUUUACACUGAAAUUUUCAGGAGAUAUGUUUGAACGAUAUCGCAAUAUCUUGCUAAUAAAAUGUGAAAAACACAACAUUUGCAAAUCAUCGGUACAGUAAGUUGGUAGAAUACCUCUGAAUAUCUUAGACACAUAGAACAGUUAUCAAGAAAUUUUUAUCUGUUGUUGAGCCUGAGAAAUUUUCAGGCAAUGUUUGCUCCUUCGAACAGGUUGUUUUAUAGCUUUGGUUUUGAUCGAAAACCUAUUGCAGUUUUUUGGUUGAAGGUGAUAUUUUAAGCAUUUUUUCAGUUUUACAGUUUUACAUACACCCCAUGCCCACCUUAAAGGGACGUGUUGCAUCUUUGAAAUGAUUUUCACGUGAAGGAAAACUUUUUUUGAAAUCUUGAGUGUACAGUGCUGUAGUUGCAGUAUUUUAUCUGUCAUGGUUAAUGUUUGUAUCACUUGUUUGCCCCGGAAUUACCUAAUCCUAAAGCACAUGCAGGGAUGGUGGGUAUUUUGAAUAAGGCCUAUUUAAAUGACUUGACAGAAUUUUGUGAGUUCAUUGUUGUGUUAAUAUCAUUGUUUCUCUUUUGUCUUAUAUUUCAGGCUGCUAGUAUUGUACGAACGGUAGCUUUGGCAUUUAAAGCUAUUGGGAAAUUGAGACGCGAGAAAAUUGAAAGGGAAUCUCGACGGGCAAAGAGAACUCAUUCAAUUAGUAGUUCAGAGCGAACCCGCACAAAUUCAGAAGUUUCUACUACUUCAACUGUUGGUAGUUCAUCGGUAGAUAGACGCCAUCCACAUGUGCAGUGGAAACAUGGGGAAACAUCUGGACGAAGGUCUCCACAUGGAAAAAAGUUAAACAAAAGUACCACAAGUCCUUCAAUUCUUCGACAUCCAACAAGCUCUUUUUCGUCAGGGCGGCAUGUUGAGUUUUCUGCACUAUCUCCUGUUCCAUCAGAUGGCAGUGAUAGUGAUGGUAAAGAACCAAACCAGAGCAAGAAAGCUGUUAUUGAUGUACAGUGUGAAAUUCAAGCAGAUGUGCAUGCAUUACCACCAUCUAUGCAACCAGAACUUCCUGUUUGGGUGAAGAGAGUAGGGAACGACGCGACUAGAAGGUCAAGCCUACCCAUUAUGGAACAUAAAAGAUCUGUCGUACCUUCUGAUGGAACAAGAAAAGGACAAUCUUAUAGGUGUCAUUCUGUGGAAGAAAUACACUCCCAGCCGGCUGUAGCACCAAAUACAAAAGACAGGCCCCAUGUGAACUCUCUUAAGAAUAUGAUAAAAACCUCACCAGAAAGUGCCGAGACGGCGAGCAAGGAACCAAAUGAGUUGUUAGAAAAAGGCAAAUUUUCAAGGGAACAGGAUUAUGGAAGGAUUGGUAAGGAUCAUGUUACGGAGAAUUUUUUAGCAACAACUCUUUUUCCUACUGAAAGUUUUCAUAAAGAAAGUACAUGUAUACCUUCCUCUGAUUGUGUCUCAUUGAUUCUCGGGAAAUACAAAGGACUUGAGCCCCAAGACAUGACUUUGCCAUUAUCUGAAAAUGAAGAAGAGAAGAAUCCAGAAACUCUUCACAGUUUGAUAACAGCUGUAGAGAAAGGAAACACAGGACUUGUUGAACAGUUUCUACAGAAUGGACUGUCUGUGAAUUUGCAUGAUGCUUCAAGGAGAAGUUUGUUGUAUUAUGCUGUCUCACUUGGUGAUGUUGAAAUGACUCAAUUUCUUUUGAAAAGGUGAGCUUUCAGUUAAUCCAGACCUUUGAAAAUACGCUUGUUUUUAUUCCUGGUAUUUCAAGUGUCCUCCUUUAUGACUGAUCUUUACAAAAAGAAUUCCUCUUUCCUUCUUGACAUGGAAAACUCUUGGAAUGUCAUAAUUAUACUGAAUGAAUGCCGCAUUGGUCUUUUUUACAGGGCUGCUGUUGUUGGUAAAAUCUGUUGUCAGGUUAAACCAGAAUUUCUUUUGUCUCCAAUGAAUAAUUACUUCCAGGAAACAAAGGAAAUUCUUAAUCAAAUGAGGGUGAAUGAUGAUUUAACCUGAAAUACAACUGUAGAUUCUACCUACAACAUACAACAAUGUGAUGUUUGACUUCUGGAUCGCGGAAUUGUUUUGGUGCUGUAGAAAACACUUCACAGGGCUUGAAAUUAAAAAAAUCUUCUGGUUGUCUUGUGGCGACCAACUGUAGAAAUAUAGUCGCCAGAUGCAAAUUUUAAGUCGCCACUUUGUAAAAUGUAAAUGACGCAGCUCAUAGGUACAGGGCUUCUGAUAUUUUGAGCAGGAGCAGAGCUGCGAAAUUCACAAAAAUACGCGAAAUACCGCGAAAUUCAGUAGAAAUCUUAUCAAAUACAUGUCUGUACAACAUAUUUGAAACUUAUCUCAGCUAUUGGGGGCUAUUUACUUGCCGUAAAUCUUGAUACUUCAUCAGUGAAACGUGCAAAUAACGUCCCAAAACUACCAGGCGUAGAUUAUGUUGUGAAAAUUGGGCACUAGCCAUGAUGUUAAAGGCUUUGCCAAGAGCAAAGCAAAGGAUGACCCUGUUAGAAAAACAUUAAAACUGCUGGUCUGAUCGGCCAAAACCGAUCAAUAUCUGACAAAAUUUUCCCUCAAAAAUAACCACAAAAUCGGCCUUUUUUACUGAUUGAUUUUCGGGGAAGUUUGCCCCAAACAUUCCCGUGAAAGUGCAGCAAAAUCGGCCGAUGUUUCCGCGAAUUUCCCCCUAAAAAUCCCACGAAAUUUGCCUUUUUUCCACUACCUAUCAGAAGCCCAGCAUAGUGUGGUGCGAUCCAUCAGAUUUGAAAAUAUCUUGAAGUCAGUUUAAAUUUGGAGGUAAACUGGGUUUGUUUAUGUGAUUGAUUUGGCACAUUUUCCAUGAUGAAAGAAAAGCCUGGGGGGGCACUUGGGUAUUUUUUGGGUGGGUAUGUGCCGGCCGGGACUCCAAAUUGGCACCCCGUUCUAAAAAAAAUUUCCCCUAAAAUUGAUACCCCGUUCUAGAAUUCACCCUAAAACUGAUACCCCGUUCUAGAAAUGGGCCAAUUUUUUAUACUCCGUUCUAAGGUGCAACGGAGUACAACAGUUUGCUUGUUAACGCAUUGAACCAUAUUUUUAAAAGCAAUCUGUCCUUGAGUAAUUUCAAAUGGCUGCUUACAAAACUGGAACUUUCGUGCGUUCGAAAUAUGAUACCCCGUUCUAGAAAACGCCUCUGAAAUGGAUACCCCAUUCUAAAUCAGGAGCUUCAAAAUCACGACCCUGUUGGGCGGCACAUAUCCAUAUAGGUAAUGUAUGGGAGUACCCAAACCCCCACGGGAUGAAAAGCAAGAUAAGAUGAAAUUUUCGUUUUAAUUUUACACUUCUAAAAUCUGGUCGCCACUUUGGCGACUAAACCAGAAUUUUUAGUCGCCAAGGAAAAAAUGUUAGUCGCAUUGGCGACUGUAUCAGUCGCAAUUUCGAGCCCUGCUUCAGAGUUCUACUUUUCCUAGUAGUAAAGAUGAAGAGAUGUGAGAUGCAAAUCAUUUCCUACCCUCAUGAAAUUAAUACCAUUUAAUGAUAAACAAAGGAAAUAAAAUUAAUUUCAUCUUUGUCAAUUUUUUGUGUUUAGGGGUGCAGAUAUCAACUGGGAAGGGCCUGAUGACAAGUCACCACUGCAUGUCGCAGCAUCUGCUGGCAACAGAGCUGUCACUCAAUUACUUCUUUGGUAUGGUGCAAAUGUCAGAGCUAAAGACAGCAACUUGUAAGUGCAAACAGCAAUGUGACUGGUACAUGUAAUUUGUUUCUGAUAAUUAACUAGACGAGAAUGCUCACAGAGUGUUAAGUCAUGUUGGCUACAAUUCUUGGGAUUUUAAGUGAAAAAAACAGAUCAUAUUUAUUCAUAUAAUGAAUGCUCUACAUGUAUGUCAAGCAUUAGCCUGUAAUCCACAAAUUGAGUAAAGCCAGACAAUAUAUUUUUUUGGUCCUUUCCAUGCUACUUUGCACCUGCCAAUUAAUGAUAAGUCCUACAUUGUUUUACAUGUUUGACAGUUAAAAGGCUUGGAAAAAAUAAUCAUAAUCAAGUCAGAUAAAAAGAAAAAAAAAAAGAAAAGAAGAGAAGAGAAGAAGAAUUAAGGAAAAAAAAUCAUUCAGUAUUAACUCUAAAGGCAAGGUUAAAACUACUGCCCAUUCCACCAACUAUCAGCUUCAUUUGCUGGUAGCUGUACCAAUCAGCAAAGGAAACCAAUACAGCAAACCACAUCAAAAAUUAUUUAACAUUACCAUCACAUGAGUCCUUUCACUUCUCACCAGGUUUGAAAUACAACUGGGGAAAAUACCUGACGGUGAAAUUACAAUGUCAUGUCCUUGUAACACUUUUUUUUUUUUGGAGGAAAAAAUCAAAGGAGAAGAGAGAGUGAGCCCCCUUAAACAUCUUUUCUUUAUUGACUGACUCUUGUCAUAUGGUAUCAAUCAUGUGUUUACCUCGUUUCCAUGACAAUUCAUUCAGGGUAAUUCUGCACAUUUUGUGACUUGGAUUGUACUGUAUUAUAGGAAAGUUGGAAGUAAAGGCUGCAUUGUUCUGCAGGCAGACUGUAAUAAGUUAUUUUGAAGCUGGAGAUCUGUGAAGUGAAUAAGACUCUUAAAGUAAAUUUUUAAAAAAGUAAUAAAAAAGUUAAUACUAACCAAAAACACCAAAAAAAGUACAGUGUCACCAAUACACUGAGCGGAACUCAGAUUGAUGUUCCUGUUGAUGAAACGAUCACCAACUUAAAUCAAAGAGUAUGUUUGCAAAUGCCUGCAAAUGCUAAUUGUAAUAAUUUUAUUGAUCCAAUUCGUAGCUGUACACCGCUGCACAUGUCUGCUGGACAUAGAAGCAAACUGGAAGUUUCAUUCCUUUUAGUCGAACAUGGUGCAAGGAUAUAUGAAAACAAUAUUCAUGGAGUACGACCAGUCGACUUAGAUCCAGUAAGUUAUUCACACUCCACAAAGGAUAUUCUGGUUUAACUUGAGAAUGCAUUUUUACCUACAACAUGCUCUAUAUCCAAAGAGACAUGGGUUUUAUUCUCCUAAAUAAUUCACAUUGUACUGUUAAAGUGUAAUACAGAGGAAUCCCAGUUUCUCAAACUAGCUUGAGAAAACUGAAUUGGUUGGAAUUAUCGAGAGGUUUGAAAACUGGGGGCAAAAUUAGUGUUUGACCGGCAAAGGCAAAUUAUCAGGAAUUUCUAAAAAGUGAAGACUUGAGCAAGAAACCAGGAUUCUACUGUACAAGCAACCGAGGUUUACCAGUUGUACAAAUCUACAUGUACAACAACUUAAAAGAUAGUGAGAUAAAUACUGAAAUACACCAUGUGAAAUAUCUUUCACACUGUAACAGCAGUUUCCAAAAUUGAUAUUCUGCGUAGGAACUCAAAGAGAUGCAGAGACUCCUUGUGCAGUCAGCAUGUGAGGCUUUUGCUGCCACGGAUAUAACCAAAUCACGUUCAAACUCAGGAGCGUCGCUAAUGAACCACACAGUGAGUGCCAGAACCAAGUCUAGUGCCCAAUCUCCCAAGGUAGAGAAGGCGUCUAAUUUGCGCCGAGAGUUGUUACAGCCCAGAAGGUCUUCAAGUUUGUGCUCCAUGUCGGGAGGGCAUGGAAGUCCAGAAGCAGUGAGAGGGAAGAGGCCAAUUAAGAGAUCAGAGAGCAUCCAUCUUUCAAAAGCUCAAAGCCCUCUGCUUGGUGAGUAUUGCCUGUCUGUAUUUUAUCUCUAAGAUCUGCAAGGCUGCACUUUACAAUGGUGAGUAACUAUUGAUUAUUAGUUUAACGUUUUGUGCAAAAGCUAUGAUUCCUUGUCACCCAAGGCAAAAGGAUGUCACCAGGGGCUGCCUUAUGCUGCCAGACGAGAGGGAUAAGAGGGACACUUAUUGCUAGACUCAACACAGUAUCGCAACACAUUACGGAUUACUUAAUUACAUUGCAUUUGUUGAGUUGACUGUCUCUUCCACGCAAAUUUCAUUGAUGAUAACGUAUGAAUGUUGUACCCUUUUUUCAGCCAAUUCCAGACGAGGAGCCCUUCUGCAUAUGCAUGCUUUUCAUAGAACAAUUCAGGUGCAAGACUCAGAUCAGAGUGAGCCAAAGAGCUUAUCAGGACAGACACAGUUAGCACUUAACCCAAGUAAUUCUUUGUCGGAAAAAUCUGAUGUCAAUGCUUUCAUAAAUAACAAAGCAGAUGCUGAUAUGAGCUACUCUUCUCAAGACAAGUCUGCUGUAGAGCAGGAUUUAGCAUUGUCCCAAUGUAGGAAGGCUGAAGCACAAGAUACCAGUCGAGAAAAUCAAAUAGCAGUUCCUGUGACAACCUCUACUAAACAAGAGAUACCCUCAGCAGCGGAUACUCAAGAAAACUUUGUCGCACCAUUAUCUGUUGUGUCAUCAAUACCUUCUUUGCAAUCUAAUCUCCUGACUCCAUUUAUUCCUACGAAGUCAUCAUCGGAAGAGGAAAAAGUAGUGUCCAAUCUGAUUCAGUUCGUUGAUGAUCUGGAGGCUAAUGAUAAAGAAGUGGGGACAGAUGUAGUGCCAACCAAGAUUGGGGAUCACGCCACGCCCUCACCUGAUAUUCAAGUGACAGAGGGCACUAGUUUAGCAGUGGAAAUGAAGUUGUCCAAUGUAAGGCAGCCCAGUCUGGAGUCAGAUCAAUCUGCAGUGGUAUGUACACUAAUAUGUGCCUCGCAGGUAGUCUAAUAGCUAUACUGAGUUUUGAAAUUAUGUGAAAGACGAUCAUCGCAGUUGUUAUAGACCUAACUUUUACAGUUGCAAAAUGAAAGCCUAAAAAUUCAAAACUUUGACGACCUCUGCGACACGCGUGCAGUGCUCUACCAAUUGAGCUAGUAAACAAGCCAACCGGGAGCAAGUCAUAGACUUAGUUUGUAUAAAGUUUUGAUAGGACGAAAAUGAAAUAAUGAAUAUAUGAAAAUCGUAUACAUUUACAGGAAGUGCGGGGUGAUAAAUGAAAGACAAUCAUUGCAGUCAUUGAUGCAACUUUUGCAGUUGGGAGAAGACAGGUUGAAAAAAAAAAUCAGGCUUGUACAGGAUUUGAACCCCUGACCUCUGCGACACUGCUGCAGUGCUCUACCCAUUGAGCUAGCAAGCCAACUGGGAGGACUUGGUUCGUUUUAAACCCUUAAAUACCAAGUUUUUUAGAGACAGGGAGCAGAGAAGUUAUAUGUGACCUUGACUGCGGUUAAAUUGCAGCCCAAAUAAAGGAUUUCGGCGCUGUUUUGCAGAUGGACUUAACCAGGUGCCAGUUAUUCAAAAGCUGGAUAACACUGUCCAUCUGAUAAAUCUCUAUCCAGUCGAUAACGUGAUUGGUUUCGCUAAUACAAUUGAACGUAUCUGCUGGAUAAUGAUUGCGCUAUCUAGAAUUUGAACAACGAGGGCCAGACGUUUAGCUCCGCCGUCUGUAGCACAGGUUACACUAACAGCUGGAAAGGAGAAAACAAGCAUGAUGUUUGAUGUUUUUGUUACAAUCUCCUUUCAGAGUUGUCAAAGGAGUCCAUCAGAAUGCGAGGAAAGUUCCAUACUAAGCACGGGUUCCCACUACACUAGAGAAGAGGACCCCGUGAUUGAGGCCCUGGAGCCAGUGGUCCUUCUUUCUGGUAACCCUGAGUGUCAUUCCAGCCUGCUGGCUUACCUGUGCCUUCCAAGAGCAGCCAGUCAGCUCACCAGUUUGGCUCACAUGGAUUCUGUUUCAGCUGUCAUCAACAAUCAUAUUGCGGUGCUCAUUGGCAAUCUGUUUAAUGUGAGUAUACUUAAGCAGUAGACCACACUUUCUAUGGGUUUACCGGCGUGAUUACCCACGCAGGAUGUUGGAAGAACACGAGAAAAGCUUGUAAAUCACGAGCCGAAAAACAAAUGAAAUGGUCGCGGUAUGUCAAAGUUAAAAGAAAUAUUUGACCUUAUUUUGUCAAGUAUGAGGUUUGCUUUUACGAGUUUAAGAUAAAUUUUUAUUCUACUGUAAUUUGAAGACAAUUUUCAACUGUUUCUGUGCUGUAUUUUUUUAAAAUUAAAAAUGGGCUUGUCCCGCGGAGUCAUGUCAAAGGUUUACAUGACUGUCUGAACUAAAUUUCUACAUGUCCCGGACAAUCGGACAUAAGUUUUGGCGCUCCCUACCUAGCCUGUGUACAGACGCCCCUUCCCCACAAAUUUUGUUUCAUGGGAGAGGGUUGCUGUAGACAGGCUAUGUGUUCUCUUCUAAAAGAGAUUACUAAAAGACUUUUCAAUCCUUGGUUAAUUUUUUGUUAAACUGGUCUUAUGCUUUUGCCAUCAGUCACUACCACAUAGAUUUAAUAUUGUUACCAUUAUUGAUGAUCAUUGUCAUUUUUUCCUAAUCAGCUUGAGGGAGCAGACAGUCGAAAGAGAUCAGUAGCAGCCGGACUAAUAGAAACAGUCUUGAAACUGGUGGAUGGUCCAGAGCCCAUACAGGUUUACUGUUUUUGCUUGCCUCGUAGUGAAAUUCAUUGGUGGAUUUGUUAUUUGUUCAUCUUGACCUCAUUGAUGGCCGAGUUCCCUAAAUAGUUUUUUCGCACAUUGUCAAAAAAUAGAGACCCGGGAAUUCUUCAUUGUACUUUUUUACCAGAAAAUUUAGCUCUGUUAUCGUUAUUGAAGGAGGUUGAGACCUCUGCCGAUUGCAAAAUGCUAAAACUCUAACAUUUGAUAACUUGCUGUCGCCACUGCGACACUCUCGCUAAACUCCUAGUGGAAUGGCGACGGCUACCACCUUUUCCUGCCAAAAUGACGCUGCCUCACGCGCGAGCACUACUUACUAUUGAGCAAAUCUCGUACUCGUAGUCGUACUCGUCUUACAACCUAAAGCUCUCUAAUGUUCUGUUAAUGGCUAUCUUUUCAGAGCACCUGUUUAUCAAUCCUACAAAGUAUUUUAGACUUCAACAAUGAGCAAGAGUUCUCCACAGCCUUAAAGACUAUUCCACUAGAACCACUCCUGAACUUAUUACAAACAAGCGACGUGGAUAGCGGCGCAUUUGAUCUGCGCCACACUGACUCUCCACCGCCGAGCCAGCCAGGUAGUCAUGAUAGGCCGAGAAGUCGCAAGAGAAGUACAUGUAGUCAAAGUUCAUAUGAUGAGCGUCUCCGAGAAAUGUCCGUUGCGGUUGCUUCCAAAGUUUCUGUGCAGAGGAAUAAUUCUGGUGCUUCUGAUGUACGUUCUGAUGUGUGGCCGCCACACGUACAUGGUGGGUAUGUGAUGCAGAAGAAGAACAGCAUCUGUAGUAUGGGAAGUUCUGCGGAUGGGGAGCAUUCUUUUUACAGGUCAGUUAUCAGUCUAGGUAGCAUCGUUCUUUGCAUUGGUUAUUCGUAAGGUUUUAUUUCCGUGGUCACACAGAGGUCAUAGCUACUGCAUUCGAACCUGCCGUAAGCGACCAUCCAAAAUGCCAACAUUAAGUUGUCAUUUUUUGGAACCGGCUUGACCAAUGGCAGAGCAUCAAAUUAGCAACCGAAAGUCGCGUUCAAUCCUUUCCUCCCGCUUUCCCGCAAGUGACGACUCUCGAGGACGCAAGUUGAUUCGCAUAAAGUUUUCUUUCUUCGCUCGCCGCGCGCAGCCCUGAGAAAAGAAAGACGACUGUUCGCGUGCGUUCUUGGACUGCAGACCUAAAAGUUAAAAUGCAGAGAGGAUAUUACGUGGCUACCGGCGAGGAGAUACGAUAGUUCUCUUCCGAACGAGUGAUUUCAAAACGAGAAGAGAAAUUUGGUAUCUUCAAUCUACCAUGUAAUGUUUUAUUUAUUAUAUAAACAUUAAUGAAACACCAACCCUUUUUAUUUAUUUUACUUUCUUUUUGGCUGUGAAAGGCGCGAUUUAUUAUGUAGCCAUAGCAACAGUGAUCUUUUCACAUGUGAAGAUAUCAUGUUUUCUUGCGAAAGCUCAUCUGGUAUUUCACUGGAGGUGUCUAUAUACUAAAUAUGAUUAUUUCGUUUUCACAGCCUUGGAUUUGGUCAUAAUUAUCUACCAUUGAUGGAUCUACAUUCCAGGACAAUGCCUAAGGUAGUAGCCACUAAAAUGCUGACUGCAAGCAGUAUUCAUCCAAAAAUGCAGCUGGAACUGGGAAAGACAAGGUAAUAAGUAGUGUAAAAUAAUGAUCGAUCUUUCAAAAAAAUAAUCUCGCUUAAUUUUUUAAGUAUCUUCUCAUUGGUCGCUGGAAACAAUGACUUGUCAUUCUAAUUGUUUUAGUAUUGUUUGGGGUCAGGGAAACGCACCAUUGGUGACUUCGCUUCUGAGCAGCUGCUGCAUGACCCUUAAUUUUUAGUGCCCAAAGUAGUGCUUUGUUUGUUCUUUACUAAACAGUUUUUGCGCUGCGCCUUAUCAGUAAACAGAACUGAAGGUGGAUUUCCACUGUCGCGUAAUUUUCCCAUGCGCACGCACGUAAAUUAUACGUGCGUAAAUAAAAUACAGACAAUGUAUGAGUUGAUUUCCACUUUCGCGUAAUUUUUCCGUGCGAACACUCGUAAAAUUUACGCGCGUAAAUGAAAUAGAGGCAAUGUAUGAAAGGCCAUGUGUAAACGUGAAAGAUGAGCGAGGCCAUACAUUGUCUCUAUUUUGUUUACGCGCGUAAAAUUUACGUACGUACGCACGUAAAAAUUACGCGACAGUGGAAAUUCAUCUUAUGAAAGGUCACGCGUAAACGUGAAAGUUGAACCUCCCUCACAUUUCACGUUUACGCGUGGUCUUUCAUACAUUGCCUCUAUUUCAUUUACGCGUGUAAAUUUUACGUGCGUUCGCAGAGAAAAAUUACGCGGCAGUGGAAUCAACCCUGAGAUUGAAUAAAAUGACUUUCCAAACAAAUUGACCUCAAUUUUGGCGUUGAAAUAUUCCACGGUUAAGGUGGUUCCGUGUGAACGAAACACCAAAACGCACAAAUUUUCAACUUUUACGUGCGGUAGUGAAAGGAAGGUAAUGUUUGAAAAGGUAGUGCGUAAACGUAAAGGUUACGCAACAUUGGAAGUCCACCCGUUAGUAAGAGUUAAGGUGGAUUUUCACAAUAAUGAGCUUAAGCAACGAGAACGCUAACGUCCCGUACGUCAUGAAUAGCAGCCGAAAGUUCGAUGUGUCGCUUGAUGGACCACUUUUGUCGCACACAGCGAAUCUGAAAGCCUUUCUUUCAACUCCUGUUGUAUGAAUUUGUCGGGUCAGACUGCUGAAAGAGAGAAAAUAUCAACUUCCGGUUGCCAUUUUUGACGUCCGGGACGUUCUCGACGCUUAAGGUCCCUAAUGUAAGGAAGGUCACGCGUAAACGUAAAAGAUGAACCUCGCUCAGCUUUCACGUUUACGCGUGGCCUUUCACACAUUACCUCUAUUUCAUUAAUUACGUGCGUAAAUUUUGCGUGCUUUCGCACUGAAAAAUUAGGCGACAGUGGAAAUCAACCCUUACUCACCCUUAGAGACGUGGUUGACUAGGUAGUUCUAAAAUAGGAACAAAAGGUAGGCGUUUUGUUUUUCAAAUAAAGGUGUUAAUUGUUUUUAAGUUAAAACUUUUAGCAUUGAACAUUCUUAGGCCUCUUUCUUUAUUGCUGGAGACUUUGUCUGAUGGAAACCCAGAAAUUGUGAUGUACUGUACUGCUACCCUAGCGAACAUUGCAAUGACUGUGGACAAUCAUAUGCAGGUAUGUCUGAUUUUUUAGAUUAUUAUACGUUGUCCUUUAAACUGGAACAAAAACACCUCAGAACUCUGUAACUAUUACGAGGAGCUUAAGCAACAACGACGGUGGCGAAAACGUCCCUGAAAAAGUAAAUUCACGUUUUUUCAAAAUUCAUCACUCCUAUUCUGUGUCGUUCAAUUUGGUAAAGUUGGUGAAAUUUUCUGGAGUUGAAUUCCAAAAGACUGUAUCUAAGUUUUAAAAAAAUACGACGACGAAAAUCGUCUUGUGUUCAUGUCCUCCACAAAAUGUGAAAUUAGGCACUUUCAUGUUGUGGUCGUGCCAAGACGGAAAAGAAAUGUGCAAAAAGGGUGAUGCACGUGCAGAGUUGUUGUUUUGCCGAUCUAAACCUGUUACUUUUUUCCGUUGUCGUUUUGGCCAUCGUCGUCGACGUCGUUGCUUAAACUCCCUUCUGGCAAAUUCAACAGCUGUGUAACAUUUUGGGUAGUGGUGAGCUUGACCACGCUUAAACGUCAGAAAUUUACAAAAACUAAGCAACUAGUUCAAACAUUUCGAUAAGCUUAAUCUUUAUCUUAAACAGUAAAAUUGCUCUUGUCUUCGAAACUGAAAUGCUGAAUUGAACUGCGAAUGAAGAAUCAUUGCGGAGAGUCGGUAGGUUUUUCAUUUAGAGCCGCUUUGUGGUUUCGGCGGCCGGUGAUUUUGUUUACGCGAAGUUUUCUGAGAUCAAUGUUAUAAUUCGACCUUCUUGCUAUUUUUACCGUCAAGUGUAAUGAUUCUGUUAGCUUUUCUUUCUUGUCUCCUUGUUUUUUUUUUUCUUCGUUAAAGACCAAAUAGCUUCUUUUCAAUUAAAGCAAAUCAUUGUUUUUCAACUGUUCCGUGUGUGCGUUUAUCUCAUUGUGUGAUUGCGACCGAGUUUGAUUAUAGAAUUCAGUACAACCGGUUCAGAGUUGUACUGCAUGCAGUUGAUAGUUUGAACGUUAAACAUGAAUUAUGAUCGAAAAAAAUAAAGCAGUUCUGUAUCAUGCAGACAUUUCCAAACAAUAUUUCUCUGUUUGCCACUUGAAAAUCGUGUUUUACUUUUUGCAUGAAUUAAAGCAAAGGUCAAGGAGUAGUGACGUCACUGGACGUCAUCAACGGCCGGUCGAUUCAGACGUUACUGAGGAAGUAAUAACGACUCGAAGUAAUUGGAUGAAAUUCAGGCUACUUUUUCUUCUUCUUGGUAAAUGAAACUUCUCUUAAAAAGAACAAUUCGAGCGACGUUUGACUUCGGUGGGCAGGUGGGCAGGUGGGCAGAUCGAAUAAGAACUCACGAGACUGGCUCGAUACUAUAACUAAGUUCGUGAAAGUCACCAUUGUGAGAUGACACUUGGGAAAUGUAAUCAAGUGAAGUGUUUUCUUUAAUUAGCCUGGUGACGUUGUGAUUGUCUUUGCCCUUUCCUCCAUAGAUUGAAUUGGUUGGGGGUGUGGAUGGCCUCAAACAGAUGUUAAGCUAUGGAGAUGCAAGGUACUGUAUAGUUGUCGUUUUUGUUUUGCUUUGUCAGCGUUUUUUGACAAAUCUGGGGUAUCACAACUUCCAUGAGUAGUACUCGCUAUUUGUCUGUAUUAUUUUCUUUUUUCCCAAUCGCCGGAUCAGGUCGUUAAGACGCCCUAUGUUUGCGUAGCUUGUGAACAGGUUCUCUUACGGGGUUUAGGACUGAGAGAAAGCCAGAAAGCGCAAGUGGACGGUAGGGUUGGGAGGGAAGGGGGAGAAGUUCCCGUGACCCUUUUCCCGCUCCCAUGGGAGCCUAUUCACAAAUGUUUGAGUAGGGUACAGCUGACUGUGUACUAUUUUGCUUGAUGCAAGGUAAAUGUCAUUAUUAAAUAUCAGACAUCUAUCAAGUCUUGAGUGCGUGGCGCAGACUGAUCUGUAAUUUGGUGUUGUUCGCUAAUGCUUUCCUUGUUUUCAGGGUGCGAUACCAUGCCGCCCGUGGCCUUAUUUAUUUGGGUUGUAUGGACGUUGGUGGCGUUUAUCUCUUUAAACGUGUCCCAGGUAAGGUUACUUAGUCUGCAUUUUACUCCUUUGUCUAGCCACUGUCAACGAUUUCUAUAAUUUUCGAUGAGAGAUUGAGUUGAAAAUUUUACUGUUUCCGAGGCUCUUAUAUAGGACGUACGUCAGGCACUUCGGUGUAGGGAACUGUCAAUAGCCCGUACGUAUGUGGAGUUAAGAUGACCAGUUUUUAUGACCUCGUCUCAUUAUAACGACACCAAAAAUCCCUGUGCAGAUAAGUUGACAAUAAUACUAAGAGGGAAAACUCAGAUUUUUAGUUUACAAACGAAGAUUUUUUUAUCUUUGGAAAAAUGAGUUGGAGAUUCUGUUUAGCUCCAAGCGUGUCAGUUCUUGUCAUACGAUGGCUGAGAUAUCCUUGUAUUUCAAUAACGGCUGAAUUAUACCGGCACUUUCAUCGCCUUUUUAGGAGAUGAAAAGCUUGAUGUUUUAUUUGGAGAUUCAACUGGAGAGGAGCGUCUGUUUGUGAAGUAAGUAUUUCAGCCCGGCCACGGAUUUUGUUUAAUAAUUAUAAGAUUAUUUUAAAUAAUUAUAAGACUGUACCAAUAGUUAUUCAACUACGAGGUACCUGGAUGUGAAAUUAUGUUUCCUGGUGAAAAAAAUUAGACAAUGUCCAAGAAAUGUUCUUUAAUGUCUCAGGAGUCCUUGUACCCUGGGUGCCAGAGACUUUUCUAGCGCGAUUUCCGGUUUCUGUCAAGUCUUUGCUUCGGCCUAGGGCCGAAGAUGUGUCGGCCUUCGGCAAAUACCGAAAAUUCACGCCGCACGCGAGAAAAACCUGUGGUACCCAGGGUAGAGUCCUUGAUUCUGAAAGAUUUUUCAAUGAAUUAAGCGCCCAUAAGAACAGUCUUUGUUCGAGCAGCAAACUUCGAAAGCCUGAUAGUGUGACGUCAAAAAACAGAAGGAACAAUGAGGAAAAUGAUUGUUUGCUCGUCUUUUGUCCCUAAAUGAUCUGUUAAACUCUGUAGAUUCCAAACCCUAAGGAAAAAAAAAACAAAAACAAAAACAAAAACAAACAAAAAAACCAAAGAAAUUCGAAUUUGUCCUCGAAAAUCCAGUCUCCUUACAAAAAGUUUUCAUGCCGUGUUUAUUUGCUGAUUUACAGAGGCGCAAGCAUCGAGAAAAUAGUGGAGAUCAUCACAAACAAUCCGACUUUACUGUGGGGAGGCUUGAGCCUGCCACCCUGGUCUGGGCGCAGCAAGAAACUUUCAUGGUACAAGACCACUAGUCCAAAUGACAAGCGCAUGGCCACUGAAGAUCAGAUCGUGGACUUUCUGCUGACAACUUACAGAAGUUUUGUACAUGCAACUAUUUUGAUGAGAUUGUUGCUGCACAGGUAGGAAAAUUUUGCACCGGCCUGUUUGAUGGGGAGAAAUUUAAGACAUGUGAGAAGGCGUUGGGCUCGCAAGGAAGAAGGGAUUCUCGCGCGCAUAUUCCCCAUUUCCCAUCCCAUUCAAACAUCUACCACGCGGGUUUAUCUUGCAGUGAUUGUCUGUAAGUAGAUUCAAGAGCCCGGAUGCAUCAUUCAGCAAGUAAUGAUUAAGUGGGAUUUGUUGUUAACCGUUUCCUGUUUUUUCAAGGAUUUGACUUGUUUUGUUUAUGCUCGCCAUGCGCUUUAGUCCGUCUUACGUGAGAUUCAGCGAAAGAAAAUGCUCCGGAACAAAGAGACUGGUAACCUGCGAAUUCAGCCAUCCUUCCUCGCACCUCAACGCUAGGGACGUUUCGCGCGGUUGCAUUCCCAGGCCUAGUGACUGGUUGCAGAAAAUUCACUGCUUAAAUUGAUUGCCAAGGUCCGGAAAGCAAUGCCCAAUUGGAAUUCCAUCUGACAAUCGUCCUUGUUCCGUAAUCGACCAUUCACCGUUUAAAUAUUUUCGACCGUAGAAGACUAAAAGGGAAAAACCAAAUAAAGGCAGCAAUCUAAAUUUAUACACGGAUAGAAAAAACUGACGAAUGUUUUGACUGAUUACAUUUCGGAUGAACUUGAAUCAUCUUUGAUUGUAAUGUGGCCGUGAUUUUGUGAUGAGAUGACUUAAGCUUGGACUGCUUCAUUGGAGUUAGGAGCGCUCACUUUAUAAAAAAGCAAGUACUUUUCUUGAAAUACUGCUACCGUACAUAGGCAGCUCCUUUCCCUUUCCUUAGAACUGCAAUUUUCAAAUUCAAAGGACUGUAAUACCGCCUCUUUUGUGCAAAUAUCUCUGUUUUCAAACUCUUUAUAAUUAUCCCUUGCAGAUUUCAUGAUCCGUGGUUUGGAAAAUACUUUGAUGGUGAUCCAUCCACUGGACAGAUGCAAGACUACAGCCCAUUACCCGUACUUCACAUCCACCUGAUGAGGCUGUGGACGGCUUGGCUUGAUAACUUCCCUGAGGACUUUGUUAAUAAUCCUGUUAUUGCGGUACGCAUGUUAUAUGCAACUGCCUCAGGUCUUGAUAACUACCUCGAAGAUUUUAUUGAUAAUCCUGUUAUUGCAGGAGACAUGCGAUAAAAUGUUCCCCGAGACAAUUUUAAGUUGGGAAAAUCAGUCACUCACAAAAAAUCACUUCCCCGAAAGCAAAAGUCAUAAGAGAGUUUUAGAUCCGAGUUUACCGCGAACCUCUAACCGCGGUUUGCGGUUAGCCGUUUGCGGUUCGACGUUCAAACAUUAUUCGAUUAAUAGAUUGGUGGUGGAUUAAAGCCAUUCUAGGUUUAUUUUUUUAUUUAGAAAUAGAAGAAAUAUCAAUCAGUGAAAAUAAAAGAAAUUUACGGUAACACUGGGUUAUCUAGCAGCAAAGAGCUGUAAAUUCUUACGUUAGUUCUUCUUACAAAUUUGCGGCCGCCAUUUUGAAUCCGCAGCCAUGAAUGGAACUUGUUUUCAAGAUCCAAUAGAAUUAAACAAAUUUAGCCAUUCCGCCCGAAUGUGCGCCUCUGGUAAUGGAUAAAGACUUGCUCCACAACAUUUUUGUAUUAUUACGUGGGAUAAAACAAGAAUUAUACGCUAGAAGCUUUCAGGUAAAUGACAUAUGUGAAAACCUACCUCCCCACGUUGAAAACGCACGUCGUAAACCUCAAUCGUGACGCGAAAGACUUGUCAUGUGACCUCCAGCGGCUAGAGGUUAGCGGUAAACUCGGAUCUAAAACUCUCUAUUUGCUUAUGAGCAAAACGGCUAGUGCGACGGCACGCGCACCUAGUGGUGUUUUGACUGUCCACUCAUAUUAGAUCUGUUUUUUUCCUUUUUUAGUCUGAGUUGAGUGAGGUUAUUCUUCCCUUGAGGCAAGCUGGUGGACCGUACCUUCCAUGUGCUGAAAUGUUAGAGGAUCUUAUUCAAAGCCUUGAGGUAAUUAAACAAUCAAUACCACUUUGAUCUUCGUGUUCAGCAGCAAACUCGAGGUAAUUACAGGAUAAGGAAAACAAAAAUUGAGGUUCAGAUUUCGGACGCAGCAGUUUUCAAAAACUGAACUUGAUACAGUUUGAUAAAAAAAUUGUAGAAAUCUAACAAAUGCCCCACUCUUUUAUUGCGAGACUCCGGCCCGAGCGGCUGCGAAGGAGACUACCCUUCUCUAAAUAUUUGGUCAAUUUGUUCCCGCCAAGUUAUAGGUCCGCCCUCGUUCUCUUUACUUAGUCAAAGUUGUUAUUCACAGGAACGAGCUUCCAAGAAAGGCCAUUUAGAUAGAUUCCUGGCAAAUCACUGUCACCAUGCUAUUCUCUAUGAACAAGUGAGUACAUAAUAAUCACCAAUCCGACAGUAAUGUGUUCAGAAUAUACAACACAAAGAAGGCAUUGAGGAUCGUGUCGUAUCGAGCCUUGGUUUUACAGUGAAAUGGGUUCUUGGUGUUGUUGUUUUUGUUCAUACUGUAAGUGCAUGUUAACCCUUCAAGCCACAAUAUCAACAUUCAAAUUGUCGAGAUUUCCUUAAAGAAUAAGUUAAGAGGAUUUGAUUCAAGAUCUCAACAUUAGACAGCUUUAGAUUCGGAGACGAAUACGACGAGGAGUACGAGAUUUUCUCAAUGCUAAGUAGUGCGCGCGCAUGAGCCAGCGUCAUUUUGACGGAAAACGUGAGGAGCCAUCGUCAUUCUACAACGGGAUUUAGCGAGAAUGUCGUAGUAGCGGAAACAAGUUAUCAAAUGUAAGAAGUUUUAUCAUUUUGCAAUCGGGAAAGGGCUUAACCGUAAAUGACCGUGCUAACGUUUUUGGUAAAAAAAGUAAAAUGAAGCUUUCCGGGGUCUCUUUUAUUUAAGAACACACGCAAAAACUUUCUAGUUAAAUCUCCUACUCGUGUUCGUUCUUGUCCUCAAAUCUAAAGCUCUCUAUUGUCACAACGUUUUCUCGUGAUUAUGUAUUGAUAUUCAGUGAUUUUGUUACCAAAACCCAGUCCAGAACGGAUGAGUCCCAGUCCGAAUUUGAAAAUGCUUGGGUCUUUAUGUAACCAGAUAGUUAAUCUGAAGACAGACUCCAAAACUCUGUAUUACAGUGUACUGAAAUUAAAAUAAAGUCCUUCUAUUUUACAACAGAGGCUAGAAGAAACGUGCAUCUUUAAACAACAGCCAUGAUAACUGCUGCCACAGAAAUUACACGAACGGAAUAUGUAUGGGUAAUAGCAUGAUUUGUAGUGAUAUUUGGCUUAAAUACCACGAGUGAUAUUUCGAAAUUGUUGUACGUAAUUUCACGAGCCGUUAGGCGAGUGAAAUUUGAGACAGUUUUGAAAUAUUACGAGUGGUAUUUAUGCCAAAUAUUACGUACAAAUCAUGCUAUUAUUUGUUUAUACUACUACCCGCAAAGGUUUUGUAAUUUUCACAUGUAGGUAUUUCAAAUUAAGCUGAAAUACCACUGCUCUAAGCCAAUCAAAUUGCAGAAAUUUAUCAUGUAGUAGUAUAAUGCUAGAAAUACACGUGUUCAGAUCGAUCGAUCGUUCUUUGCAUCAUACGGGACGCAUUUCAUGAAUUAUUUUGCGUCUGAGGAUUUUUUUUCGUCAGGGGCGCAGGACGCAUAGGUAACAAAAUCACCGGAUAUUGUUGGUAGAAAACUGAAGUUGGUCUCUCCUGACCUGGGACUUACAGGAUGCUCUCAGAGGGCGUACUCUACCUUUGUUAUGCUAUCAGAAUAUGUGUUAUCAACUGAUCUCUAUUAUUGUUCGUUCAAAAUAUUUCGCCGUUUCUGAUUGGCUUAAAGCGCGACGGCUAAUUCUUCGUAUCCAGCCAGCGCUGACCAAAUGUGGAAGGUGUGACUAGUAUACCAACAAUUCGAUGGUAUAUUUGAUUAAAAACAAGGUUCAUCGAUAAAAUAUUUCAUUGGAAACGAGCCUACUUGGGCAAUAGACUAUCGAUCAGCCUCGUUUCCAAGCGCGGCUGGCUAGCUGUUUGUUCACGAGUGAGUUAAAAAGGAAAAUGGCGUUCUCGGCUAUCCGAAGACAAAACACCGGAAUUUCUAACAGAAACUGCGGAACGGAAGAAAUGCAAGAAUGUACGUUAAUAUAUCGCUCGUUGGAUCUUGACAAGUAUCUGCAAGGGAAAAUGUCUGUGCCGAUAAAUAGGCCAAAGUUUUAGAGAAAGUCUACGAGGAGGUAAGCUUGUUAAGAAAGUAGAAAUAUUUUGAAUGAAUCAUAAAACAAUUAUUAAAUUUGACUUUCGUAUGAUGUGAAGAACUAUGCAGAUCUCGUGGGAUUUUAUCCACCUCGGCCCUCAGCCUCGAUAGAUAAGAUCCUCCUCGAUCUGCAUAAUUCUUCACAUCCGACUCAGCCCCAUUCAAUAGUUGCUCACUGAUCACUCCUUUACUGUUUAGUGUCAGAAAGCAAUUGUCAAUGGAAGUCUUCCCUGUACUAUCGAGGAUGCUGUUUACCUCAGUGGCCUUCAACUUUACAUAGAGGUUAGUAACGGGCCAUUUAUCUAUUGGGUAAAUAAAUAAAGUGUUGUUGUUGUUGUUGUUGAAUUGCUUUAAAAUUAUUAAUCAUUUUAAAAGCCAUAUCAAACAAUCGAUAGUAUUUCAUCCGAUGACCAGUGAGCCCGAUAUCAGUGCGCAAAAGACGUCUUUCUUUUAACCCACUUCUCGUGGGCUUAUUACUUCAAAUUAAUUUCUCGUCUUUUAUUGUUAAAACUUUGUAGGAUUUAUUACCAGCAGAAGUCAGAGGAAAGCCACGGUUAUUUUCAUCGUCCAGUAGAGAGAAGUAAGAUAAUUUUUUAAUGAGAAUUUGUGGUAUAAGUUGGCAACAUGCUCAUUGAGUUCGCAAUUCCUAUUCGUUGUUAGAUUGUCUGUAUCUAGGAUAAAGACGAGCUUGCAUUCGUCAAUGUACAAAGUAAAGAACAUCGCAAAAAGGUGAGUCUAUUGGUUGUCAUGGAGCUAGUUUUCCUGGUUUGUUGACUAUCAAUGUACUUGAAGUGAAUGUUUUAGGGAAUCCCAGUUGAGAACGGCGGAUGAGAUUUGUAGGGCCCGUUAAUAGACCUUAAUCAUGAUACCCGCCAUCUUUGCACGCGCUUUAGGAGCGACGGAAUAAAAGCAAUGUCUCGUGGUAUUUCAGGGGGCGAACAAGAGAUCAAAUGUAUCAGUACGUGUAAUCGCGGUCGAGUUUGCUUAUUCAGACAAAACAAGAAGACGACGAUUUAAUAGUCAUGCAAAUUGUUCGAGUUUUGACAAGACUACGUCAUUAUUAUUUGCUGUGAGGACAUCUACGGUCGCUGCUACAUCUAGAAACGUGACAAUGAUCACUUCCACCCAUAAUUUGCCAUUGUUGUCUUUAAGAUGAAAAGUUCUUCACUUUAUGUUGUCUAGAAUAAACAAACUCGACCGCGAUUUCUUUUUUUCACUUGUUUGCCCCCCUUACAAGCCACGUGACUUUGUUUUUCUCUCAUCAGUCCUUAAGUGCGUGUAAAGAUGGCGGGUACCUUGAAUAAGGUCUAUUAAACAAAUCCUAUCUCAGUAUGCUAUAUGAAGUGUGAGCAUAACAUACGCUGGUUUAACAAGGGAUGCCCAAAGCACAACGUAUUCCCUUUCUAAAGCAUUACGUGAUUUUGUUGGUGAUUUGUAAUCUUUGUGAUAUGCGUCGCGUAGGAUCAAGGUCCAGUACGAACAGUUUGCCAACAGUGGUAUGACAGAGCGGAACGCCAAGCACAACUUUAUUGACUACUGUCAGGCGAUGGCUGGCUAUGGGUGUCAGUUCUACAAGCUCAAGGUAUUAAAAAAGAAAAUGUGCUACACAGUUAUUUUCUAGGAGUUUCAAUAACUCCUCUAGCGAGGCUAAUUUAGCUCCUUACAGUGGAGUUAUUUUUUGGGGAGUUAUUUUAACUCCAAAAAGGAGUUUAAAGAACUCUUUUUCAGAAGUAAAAGUGACCCCAGAUAUUGAAGAGUUAAAAUAGCCCCAAAAAAGGAGUUAUCCUGUACCUAAAAUUUUUACUCCACUUUCAGAGUUAAAUUAACUCCAAAAAGAGUCAAAUCAACCCAUGUAAGGAGUAAAAGUAACGCCAUUUCGGAGUUAUUUUAACUCCAGACUGGGAGUAAAAAGAACUCUUUUUCAGGAGUAAAAAUGACCCCAAAUGCGGAGUUGAAUUAGGAGUUAAAAUAACCCCCCAAAAAGGGGUUAUCCUGUACCUAAAAUUUUUACUCCAUUUUUGGAGUUAUGAUAACUCCCUAAAAAUUGUAACAUCAAUGCUUUGUAAAACAAAGUGGUCGUGAGAAUCACGGACAUGAUCACACAAGAUGAAUAUGCUUGAUAUUUUAUCAGCUUCUUCCCACAACUUUUGUGGGAAAUGAGAAGGGGCAACAAAUGAGAAUUCAAAUUUUGAUCUUGGGGUAUAAAGGGUUAAAGCAGAGGCUUGGGUAACUGGGAAAGAGUCUAUCAUGUCUGAAAUUAGCAGUUGUUAGUGUUAUAUCUGUUGACGCAAUUUGUGAAACACGAGAAGUAGUGUUUCUUUUUAUUGUCCAAAAAACAGAGAAUUGUUUAAGUUAAAAAGAAAACAAGCAACCCAUGUCGAGUUCUCUGAGUGUUAGAUGAAAAGUUUUUGUGUUACUUAGGAUCCAAUGUCCAAACCUUUUCAAUGUUUGAAAUUAUUGUCAUGUUCCAGGAGUGCUCAGGCGCCAUUGACCCUAAGGGUGGUGCGACGAGGUGUUAUUUUGCCGUUAGUCCAAAGAAGCUUACCGUCUUGGACGAUAAAACAAAAGUAAGAGUCGGUGUUAAAUAGUGGUAAGAGUCACAUGAAAAGGUUCUGUGAAACCAUGCAAAAAGUCAAAUGAAGAGUUAUAUGUUUAUAGAGAUGACGUAGUGGUUUGGUCGGAAGGUCAGUGGCUUUAUUUAACCGGGUCUGUUGCUUUAGUUUUGUUUCAAUGAAGGAGCUCAGUUUUUUCUUUGUGGUGAUGCUUAAUGAUAUGUUAAUUAGAACCAGGUAGAUUGUGAAACUCAAUAAACUGAGCGCAAAAUUUGUAACGAGCGCGUUGGACGCUAAUUUACAGCAUGAAAAGUGAUUCAAAAGUGGGAUCUGUAGUCUUGUUAAUGUUAUUAAACACCCUCUCACGUGUUGGUGAAAUCUAGUUAUCAGUGUGGAUGAGGAGUAGUGCAGAUAUUGACUGAGUAUUAACAUCAUUAUUGGAAAUGUUGUUAGGCGGUUAUUGGUACUUGGCAGCUGAAGGAGUUAAAGAGAUGGAGGCUAUCGGCGGAUGAAACCAGACUCCGGGCGGAAUUUAACAAUGCGACUUUCGAAUUCAUGCUCGAAAACAAAGGGUGAGUCAGUCACGUGAAAAUCCAUUACAUAACGUAAAAGUUUUAAGUCUUUAAUAUGUGGAAUGUGGCUUCUCUAGAUUUGAAAAUCCAUUUUUGAUUUUGGUCGUAGAAUUCUGUAUACCUGAAACAUAAAUACCAUUGUUAAACGAACGUAAACCCAUAAAGCAUAGUGCAGGGUUGUCACUAAGAUUUCAAGUUGCUGGGUAAAUACACCAAGUAGGCGGGAAAUCAGAGCUAGGGAUUUCUUUUGGUUCUAUUUUUCUUCUAUUUCCAUUUGAAAGUUGCCGGGCACCACGUUCAUAGUAGCCGGGGGACAUCCCCUACUCGUGCGUCUUAAUGACAGCCCUGGUAGUGUCUUGAAUGGUGGGAAAUUGUGGGGGGCAGCGCGGCCCGUGUCGGUACUUGCAAUGUGGAGGCGCCGGUUCAAGUUCUGUAGUCCCAAGUUCAAAUUCUCGACCAUGCAUGUAAAUAGCUAGCGGGUUUGCCUAAAGCCAGUUGGGAUUCUUAACCCUGUUAUAUUUAUUGCUCGGCCCCACUAGCAAAAGUGCUAUAUAUACUGCUGGGCUCGGUUCCUCGAAAGAUUGUCAAGUUUAGCCCAGGAUUAAGCCAAAUUUUAAGCAAGGUUUUCAUGCCUAAGAACAUGCAAUUCGAGCUUGUAAAAUGCUGUUGAGCCUUUACACUAAUGGUAACACGAAAUGUUACUUUAAGCAAUACAUAGGAAGGUAAAAUACAAAAGCUGAUCAAAAUUUUAAUUCUGGAUUAGUGCUAAUCAGCCUCGCAGGAACCAGGCCCCGGGGGGUAAAUAACGGAAGUUUAUUUUAAUAGGCAACCAGUAGGCUAUUUACAAGCAUGGCCGAGGAUUUGAAAUCGGGACGACCGAGAACGAAUCCAGGUUGUGGUCAGAGCGCGUGAACUCGAACCCGGGACCUCCGGAUUGCGAGUCCUGCCCGCUCUGCUCAUAUAUCACGCCCCGGUUCAAAAGAUGGAUAGCGCUAUCCACCGGAGAAAUCACUGUCCAGUGGAUAAGUAUUAGGAAAACCAAUUGCACUUUCCAGUGGAGAGAGAUUUAUCCACUGGAUAGCGCUAUCCACCUUUUGAACAACUGGGGCCAGGAGGCUUAUAUCUGAAACUUUCAUUGCAGUUUGUUUAAGGAGAUCAAUGACGUCCUUCUAAUGUGCACCAAAAUUGAAUGGCAGGUGAGUUUUCUUUAUCUCAUCUCACGCGGAGAAAUAACCUCUGACAUACAGAAUCAAAAUAGUACCGAUUAAAGCUCACAAUUUUGAAUUUCGAGAAAGGAGAUGUUGGGUUCUCAAGCGAACCUUGUAACCAGUUGCGAUGAUACUUUUGAAACCAGUCCUCUGUUUGUGCCUAGAAUCAUUUAAUACAUUACCAUCGACCUGUUACUGGCGACAGAUAGUUUUUGAAUCACUACUUGGUAAAUUAAUGAAAAUGGUAGUCUUUACACUUGGCCGUUAAGUAAGACUUAAGAGGAGCUACUAAGUUUUACUAAACCACAGGGUCCAGAGGAGAUGUGUUUGUCAUUAGAACAUCAUCAAAACCUGUCGAAAACCUCUGAAAAAAUGGGUUGUUUUGAUCGCGUUACAGUUUCGUUACACAUUCUAUAGACUGCAAACCAAGAGACUGAGGAAUCGCAAGAUCGGCUUACUGUAUAAAAUAUGGAAAGGGAGGAAGCAAAUUUGGGGCCGAUUUUCGAAUGCCUCAAACUCAAAUGGAAUUGAAUGAAGUCGCCUGAUUUUACUAACCUGAUCUAGAAUUCUCAAGAAAUUCUUCAGAAAUCGUUUACAGUAGAUUCAUUAAGAUCCCAUUGGGCUAAUUAAUCGUGCCAAGCGACAGGUAUAGACAUUUUUCAAGGUGAGACUUUUUAAAAAUAGGUAAUUCAUUUAUUCACACGAAAUUCCUCUGGACCCUGUGACUAAACCAAAGAUAAGUUUGUGAAGGCCAAAGUAAAAUCUCAAGUUAUUUUACUCUGCAUCUCAUUAAAGUCGGAAAGUUGAAAAGAUUCAAGAAAAGUUUCAAGUGACUUGAAAACCAUCCUUAAAACCAACUUUGCGAACUUGCGGUUUCUUGAGCUUUGAGAAAGGCGAAGCAUGUCAAUCAAUGUUAAUUAUGUUGCGUGGGAUAAUAACCUUAAGUUAACCCGAAGUAAAAAAGAUAGGUUGUGUGUGAAGCUUCCUUUUACUUGAAGAAUUUAAAAUUUACUUGUCUUGAAAUAUUUCUUACCUUAUUUAGGCUCUAGUAUAAAGACUACCACUUUUGAAACUAUCCUUGUCCUUUCACCCAGAUUUUAGCUGGACAGGAUUUCUCACCAUGGAGCAAAUACGCGGAAGAAAAUGAAGUGUGGGGAGCCCAGGCCCUGGAAGCUGUAGCUUCCAAACCUGCGUUGUAUUCUGACAAAUACGACAGUGAUACCGGGGUAGUAUCUAGACUGAGAGCUAUCUCGCUAGGCUCCUCACUGCCUGAUCAACAUUUGGGAAAAGGAAAGAGAAAAUCGUCCUUCAAGCUGUCUUCAUCAGUGCCUUAUCAACAAGGGGCUCUACAACAGAAGACAGAGCGAGGCAAUGUCUUAGCUCAGCAGACUGGAACGCAAGGGCAAACUGCAGGUGUGUUUUCGAUACCGUAAACUUCCGCUUAUAAGCGAAUCCUUGUUUACUUUUUUGCCUCAUUAUCAUAGGCUGAUCGUUAUCUGAUGAAGCUAAUAAAAUGAAAUUUCUGAAUAUUAAAAGAGCAUAACAAUUUCAGUUAUCUUUAAGAAUUUGAGCCCGAUAUACCAAAUAGUUUCGGAGAAAAUUACAAAGAAUGUAUGAGCUUAUUAAGGCUUUGCCACCCAGUCAUUUGCAGUUUUUAAUUGCUGCUGUUUUCUUUGUUACUGAUUGCAAAGAGUUGAAACUAACUGCAUAAACUCACCAGCUCUUUUAAUUUUUGAACCUAAUUGGUAUAUACGGCUGGAUCUUCUAUGCUUCUAUAGGUUAACUUGUAUACUAAUGAGCAAUAAUGUAAACAAUGACGUCACGAUGAAUCCGUGUAGAAGCCCCCGGGCCCCCAGGGUAGGGGGCUCAUAUCCGGGGAGGCUUAUAGCUGGGCUAAAAAAACGUUUCAUGACAAGCUACAUAGCAACGCUAAUCAAAAUGCGUUUUUGAAUUUUCUUGCUUUUAAGUUUGAAAACAUCGUCAAAAAUCGAAUUCAUUUCAAUACAAGCGAGAGGGGGCUUAUAUUCGUUGAUGAUGAUGUUUGUUGUUGUUGUCGUUUACAGGUAGAUAAGCCUAUAACUGGGGAUGGGGGGUGGCUUGUAAGCAUCAGGGCUGUGCUUUAGUACCCUCCUUUGACCCUUUCUGACUUACCGUUGCGCAUGUGUACAAAACAGGAAGCAGUAUUUCUUUUUAGAUAGAGAGUUUUUGCUUUUCUACAAUUUUUGGACAGUCGGAUAGUCCUUGCCUUUCUGUUCAGCAGAUUCCGAGUGCAGUUCUCAGUUGUGAGCUCAACUCCUUGUUUCGACUUCUUUUCUUUCCGUGAAGCUUUAAGUCGCUUUAGUUACCCAUAAAAUGAGCGCACCCUCGGCCCUAAGUUUGUUAGCCUAAUGUGAACUGUUACGAGUAGAGUUAUCGAGUUACCGUUCAUAUUACCUUAGUCUUGGAUCUUCCCUGGUCACAACUGAGAAAAGUCAUUAAGAAAUUCCACGAUUAUUUCUUUUAGGGUAACGUCUCAUUCAGACGACAAUUACAACAAAUUGUUUUUCUUUCGUACCUCUCCUUCAUUAGUUGUUUGGUGGUAGUCAUAAUUAGCACAGAGAAACAGAUAGCAGCAGGAUUCAUUACGUUUUUUAUACUCAUAUCUAAUAGACGUUUAUCUCAUUUUAGCAUCAGCAGCAUCAACUCUUGCCUCUGGCACGUCUGGCGUAGGUGAAUUAUCUGUAGGAUCUCAGGCAUCCUCAGACAUUCUUUUGGGUUCCUUACAAAGCACCUUACCAUCAAAGGGUUCAUGGGAACCAGGCUCAUUUGGAAUUGCUGAAGAAAGGAGAACUUCAAGUAAGAAGAUGUUAAGACUAGGGUAGCAUACGUAAUGAGAGUUUACACGCAUAUAGACAAACUUAAUUGUCCAAAUCUUCUAUCAUGCCGAAGGAGGCCUACUAAUCGGGGACAGUUGUUGCCACGUGCAGACGCAUCGGUCUGAGUCGAAAGCCAAUGAACUGUUUCUGCUUGUUCGUCUUUUUAUUCUUUUGGAAAGUUACAUUUUACAGUCCUCUGUUCGCGUGAAUUUGGCGAAUGAAUAAUCAAAUUUGAAUAAUUUUCGUUUUUUGUGGUCUAUAUAAGGAAAAUAGAAUUACACGGCUGUGUUGGGAUGUGAAUCUUAUUUCCGCAUGCUGAAAAUUCUGUCUAAGCUACUUGAAAUCAAAAGGUGUAUCUUCCCGCCCGUGAUGAAGCAUCCUCUUUGAUUGCCUUUAUAACUGUCUUUUGUCCUUUAGGCUUUACUUUAUCCAGACAAUACUAUAUUAGGCCAACAUAUAAGCCAACAUCACAUGAACCAUAGCGCCUAAAAUACAUCCUGAUUGGAUCCGUUUAUUGUAUGUGACUUUAAAGCGACUCAGGUUCAUUGGUGGGCACUCAAUGUUGGGUACGUUAGUGACUGUCGUAGGUCAGUGUGUUUGAACCUAAAUGUUGAUCUGAUAUCUGAUUUUAGAAGGAAGCGCGGCAAGUGUAGAGUCAGGCUCCCCAGCUGAGCGGCAUCUCCUUCAUCCUGCUGGUUCGCUCACGGCAGGGCAAGAACACCUGCAUGGCAUAUCCUCUUGCCGCCGCCCAAAGUACACCUCUGAAAGCAACCCCUCCUCCCUGGGAAGUGAUUCGCCCUGUAGUUCAGGACAACUUACUCCCACACCACCCCAACGGGGUCCGUUUAGCUUAUCGCUUAGAGAUGAUGAUGAUUUCGAGGGCUUGAACCGUUCGUUUGGGCAAAGCACUAACGGGCAACUACUGAUCUGUCAGUGUCCACCAGAUGCAGAACUGCCUGGAUUUGAUCGCCGAGACUUCUCGUGAGUUCUUUGUUUGGUUAUGAGAUGUCAUUGAAAAGACAACAGGGUGUUGGUAGUGAGGAAACGAUGCUUGAAGUCUGUUUUUUUUUUAAUUGAAUGAUGCAAUAUAGCUCGAAGAAGCAACAAAGGGCCAUGCUGUUUUCGUGAAAAACUUGCGGCUGAAAAAGGUAGAAAAUGCACGGACACGAAUAGGCGCGCAUAGUUAGGUUGAGCAAUCGAAAUGUCAGCUUUGCGAUAAUCAGCGCUGCUAAGUUUAUUGUAAUGAGCUCAGUUUGGAAAACGGACAGUUUUCGUUGCGCUUUCGGUCAAUGCGGCACCCUAGAUGCUUCAAAUGCCAAUCCCAUUUUGACGGGAAACAGUUUUUCUUAGUUGGCUUAUCACAAAAUUCGUGAUGAGUUUAAAAAUGAUUGCCGAAGAUUGAAGGCGCUGUUAUGACCUAAUACUUUAUCCUUCUUUUGGUUGCCAUAGACCUUAUGACUUGCUGCAGUAUCCUAAAGAACUAGCACGACAGAUCACUCUUAUUGACCAUGGUAGGUAUCAGAAGAUUGUGUAGAAUUCCUUCUUUCAAAUUAUUCGCUGAAGGCUCUAAUCAUAAAUUAGGAAGCUGUUUCAACUUGCUCCCCUGUUGUUUCUUGCAGCCGGUCUUCGAAAGUGGCCACACUUGAGUGUCACACCUUUGUCCAGAGAAGAUUUGGUUAAUUGAUAUUUUUUGUUUGUUUUUACAUUGGAACCCGCUCUACGGACAUCAGUAUGUAACGGACAGUUUUGUUGUCUCAGCGAGUCGCAAACUCCCAUAUAUCGUUAAUCCCGCGUUAUGGACAGUUUAUCUGCGCACUGUCUAUGACUGAAUAUCUUACCGGUGGACAACCUAAACCAUUUUUGCUUUAGUCUUUAUAUCGAUAAAAUCUGCGUCGGUGACGUUUUCGCUGAGAGCCCUCUUAGUACGGACACUAUCGCAUGUUUCCUUGGUGUCCGAAUUAACCAGGUUUCCAUCUUCCAUUUUUAGAGUGCUUUUGUGCGGUAACCGCAGUCGAUGUUCAAAAGAAAAUUGCCAUGGGAACGGGUAAGAAAAGAAAAGUAGCUCCUGAGGAGAGACUGUCUGUGGAGAAAGUAGCGGACAGAUUUAAUCAGGUAACACAAACUCUUUGUUUUUUUUGUUUUUUUCUACUUAUGCCCUCAAGUUUUUGUUAUAAAAAAAAGACAAAGCCCUAAAACGCCCUCUUGAAGAAUUCUGUAAGAUUUCCUCGUCCAAAAAGUAAUCAAACAAUACAAAGUGUUCCUUUUUUUAUUUUAAUCUGAAAGGAUUGAAUUGAAUAAUGGAUAACUCGCCUGAAGUCCCAUUCACUGUGUAGUUCAAAAGCCCGUGUUUGUUCCUGAUUAAUGUUAGAUAAACAUGUUGGAGGAGGAGGAGGAUUUUGGGCUGGGGUUCUGCAAGGAGAAAUUAGCGAAAUGCCAACUUGACAGUGGCAAUUGGAACUUAAUAUCCCCCGAUUUUUACGAGAUGUUGCCUUUCUUUGUGAAGAGUUUGUUCUUUUUUUAACAGAUCAAUUUAUUUGUCGCAGUACGUAAUGUUUUACCAAUAGGAACCUCUGCUAGUAACAUUAGCCAGUCCCGGGCAUUAUCCUCGUCUUAUUUUUGUUUCCAUUGGUGUUCUACUUUUAGCUAAGCACUUGGGUAGCAGCCACAAUUGUCACGGAGAAAUCAAUGGAAAAACGAGCCAAUAUGUUCAUCAAUUUCAUAGAAACAGCCAAGGUAUUUAACCACGACAACUGUUGUCAUAGAACUAAAUAAACGGAACAAUAAUCGUUAACCACUAAAGAAGCUGAAGAGAAUGUGAAAUGUUAGACAGAUCAAUAGAACCUGCAUUUCCUUUUAAUAUUCUUGAUCGCCUGAAGACGAUUUAUGAUUACAGAGAAGUCGUAGAAUGUUUUUUACUCUAAUGAGUAGCAACCUUUUUCGGCCCUCAAAAAGAUAAGUGUAAGAUUUUAGACACGGCAAGGUCAAGGUGAUUACAUUUUGAGUCUAUUGUUUGCCUUGGUUUCAGCUUUGUUUAGAGCUGAGGAAUUUCAAUGCCGUGAUGGCCAUUGUUGUGGCGGCUCUCGGCAGUGCGCCCGUCAGACGACUGCACAAAACAAAAGAGGUAAGAAAACACUGUACACUUCUGUACACUCUCUUGGAAUGUGUUGGACAUUCUGAUGGACAUGGUAAUGCCCCAAUCGUCCGGAUCUUACAUUGCAUCAGUCAGUGGUCCUUCACUGUCGUCACGAAGAUCUGGACACUUUUUGAGGCGACUUGGGCGAUUGAAACGAUCCGGACGAUUACUAAUUCCCUUUAAUCAUUAAGGUGAAUUAAUGGUCUUGUUUGACGUAGGCACAGCGACUUAGUAAUGUGGCUAAUUAUCAUUAAUUCACAGCUCGUGCCUAAAGAAUAUCUUGAGCAGUACGCCAAAAUGGAAAUUCUUAUGGAUACUAAGGUAGGUGGAUGGGGUUUGCAGUUUUUUAUUUCUUUAUAGCUUCAUCUCUUAAUGUAACAAGGGUCACUAGCGAUGUCCGAUUUGAAAUCUUAUAUUUAUUCUUGUGUUUUGCUUGUUCCUCUUCCUUUUCUUCUUUUAUGACCUAUUCAUUUUCCUUUUUGGAUUUCUUAGCGGUGUUUAACUUUCUUUCAUUUGUCCUCGUAAGCUUUAAAGUGAUGUUUUUUUUUUCUGUUCAAUAGAAGAACAGAAGUUUAAAACACGAAGUCCAGUCUUUAAUUUAUAAAACUUAUAAAACACGGCAAGCGAUGCUUUGCAAACGUUCCUCUGAGACUGUUCUUUUUGCAUAUAACCCUCCGGCUUUCCGGCCAUUUCUGUGUCACAAACAUUUAUUUUUGUUGCGUGUUUUCAGUUUUUGACAAUAAUUCAAACGGAGCUGCACUGUACUUACUUGGUACUAUCAUUCGACAAGCGUCCUUACCGUGAUCCCGAUCUUCCACUUAACGCUUCAAUUCUAAUGGCAAAUUUUCUUUCCCUGCCCUCAUACAUUUAUCAUUGCGUCAGUAAUGAGAAUACAAAUUGUUUGGUUCUCUUUCGAACCUUUUUUUUAGGAUAACUACAAGAGAUAUCGCCAAGCUCUUGCCUCCUCUCCAACUCCGUCAGUUCCCUACUUUGGUAAGUUCUUGCUUGACCACUUGAAUCCCAGGUUAUGCCUCUGGAAUAUGAUGACUCACUUACCCAGUUCCUUUUUUUCCUCAAGGUAUUUACAUGAAAGAUCUCACCUUCAUUGCGGAGGGAAACCCCGACUUUUUUAAAGGGGGACUGAUCAAUCUGACCAAGCGAAGACAGGCAAGUUACGUUAAAAUCUUUCACGUUGGUUAUCAGGCCAACUCCUACUUGGCCACCGAGCAAGCUUUCGGCCAAAGGAUUGAGGGUUGGGGAGAGCUUUCUCGCAAGAUAACGCUAACUCUUGUGGCGUAACUGUAGCAUUUCCCUCCUCCGAAGUAGCUUGAGAACUCACGCUACAGUGUUAACACGGCCGGUUUCCUGAAUUUCACUCAGCCAUUCAGACAGAUGUUCAUUCAUACGGUCUGUCUGCUAAAGGCUGGUUUUCACUAGCGUCGGAGUCGGAGUCGGAGUCGGAGCCGUAAUCAGAAGCGUAGAGCUUAUGAUCUAGUGAAAACAGCGUUCCAAUUCCGCUUACGACUCCGUCGCUUACGUUCCGCUUAUGAUCUAGUGAAAACCAGGUUGUCGGAGUCGGGAGCAGAAGCAGAAGAACCAAGCCAAUCACAAAGCGUGGGAACGUGCAUUCUGAUUGGCUUAUCCUUCCGCUUCUGCUUCCGACUCCGACAAUCUGGUUUUCACUAGAUCAUAAGCGAAACGUAAGCGACGGAGUCGGAAGCGGAGUCGGAAGAAAAUGGAAACGUUCUGAUUCUUCUGACUCCGAUUACGUCGUGCGUAUGACUCCGCUUACGACUCCGAUUUUUGAUUUUCACUUGGUCAUAAGCGCUCUUACGACUCCGCUUACGACUCCGCUUACGACUCCGACUCCGACUCAGACUCCGUCGCUAGUGAAAACCAGCCUUAAGCGGUCAGUCAGUCAGACAGUUGAUCAUUCAGACUGAUAGUUGGUCAUUCAGACGGUCUAUCCGUUUAUGUGUAUAUUCACACCUCAGUUACUACUUGCAUGUAAUUGUCUCUUACCUUAUAGUAAAUCUCUCUUCUUUUUUUUACAUGACCAUUUUUUUCAGAUUUACCUUGUAAUUGACGAAAUAAGACGUUUUCAAAAGGAUGUCUAUAAUUUUCAAGAGGUGAGCCGGCAAUACACUGAAUAGAAUCCAUGAACGUAAACCAAUUUCAGUCUACGUAAGCACUGUUUUUGCCAUUUACACUUAUGUCUAUGACUAGUGCUAUCAGUAAAUAAUCAGAAUAAUCUCUGCCUAUGCUGUUACCCUUCCCUUUUAUACAUCGCCAUCAUCAUCUUCGUCAUCACCAACAACAACAACGAGCUUUAUUUGCAUGCCAUACAAACACAUACAGUAUUGCAAAAGCUAUGCUUAGGAAUCAAAAUUACAACACAGGGCAAUUACGUUACUUUGAUAACAUCAAAACAAGCUGAAAUACAUUUUAUGAAUUGUAUAUUGAUAAAGUAAUAAGAAGAAUUCAUCAGUUCAUUGAUCAAACCGUUUAUAGGUAAUUGGGUAAUAACUGGAAUCAGAGUCGUGACUUAAAACUAAAAAAAAUAACUUACAAUAGACCUUUUUACCGAUACGGCGGCCAUAUUGAAUUAAUUCGAUUUAAGGAGUAUUAUGGGAUGCCCAGGGGCAUUAGCACGAUCCGUUGUAUUCGCUUAGUAUUGGAAAUAUGGUCUUUCAAUGUAUAUUUCUCAGGAUCAUUUUUACAUCGUUACACGGCACAACCGUCUUUUUCCCAUUACGAUCAAAUUCUAAGAAAAAAUGCCCCGAAAGGCGCUCGUAAAUACAAAACGGGACGUGCUCAUGCCCCCCUGGGCAUCCCAUAAUAUUCCUUAAAUCUAAUUUAUUCAAUAUGGCCGCCGUAUCGGUAAAAAGGUCUAUUAAGACAUAGGUAGUGAAAAUCAUGCGGGUCUAAAUUCUAAAUCAUGUUUCUAUCCAUGUGUUAGUUAAUGCAAAUAAAAUACCAAAUUGAAAGGAUUGGACCUUGGCAACUGGUGCUUUUAGCCGUUUAUUGACACUCUAUCCCGAGGGAAAGGACAUUGGGAAGGCUGUGAGGGAAUUUAUUGACCAACUUAACAACCAUACCACUUGCUUAUUCAUGUGUUAUACAACGUACAAAAUUGUAGUAGUUUCAGAGAAAAUCAUCGUAGUUACGAAAAGGAAGCCUGAAAAAAACAUUCAGGCUUGCCGGGAUUUAAGUACCGGUGCGGCGCUCUUAACAAUAGGCCAUUUCCAAGUUCUCCCGGGCCUCUGUUUCAAACCGAGGGAAAGGUGCUCAGCCUUUGAUAUGGAAAUCAUUUUUCGUUCUCAUGCAAGUAAAACUCAUUUUCACAAGAAAGGUUGUGCACCUAGCUUCAUUUUGAAAGUGAGGGUGUUUGGAACUCGGAAGUGGCCUAUUGAGCUAGCAAGCCAACUGGGAGCUGGCUCUUGGAGCUGGUUAUUAAAAUAAAAUUGGUUAUUAUACACGGGAAAGAUGAAGAUGAAGUGAUCAAUAUAUGAAUUUCAUAUUGUUUCAGGUAUCUGAGGUCCGUGACUACCUCGCUAAUGAGAAGAUUCACACUGAAAAAGAAUUGUAUGAUAUCUCUUGCCAAUUCGAACCAGGCCUCCCGCGACGACACUCGGAGGCGGACAAGUCGACUGCGUUGCGUCCCGUCCCCCAGUUUAAGUCAAGUACCGUUGGUCGAAUGGCGGGAAAACGAUGCAUGAGUCUUUCCAGGAGUUCUACUGCUUUAGAACCUGAUAUCGGUCCGGAUUCAACGUGUUAA